UCUGUAGUUUCAUUCCAUGCCUUGGUAGUGUUGGAGUGCAUUUUGAGUACCAACCCAACAUUUAAUCACAAUCGUUAGGUUUCGUUAUUUUGUUCUCUUGGUACUUCAGAAGUGAGUGUAUGAGACCUUGAUCCGUGGGAUCACGUUAGGGCUUAUCGAUAUCUCUUAGGGGAUGUUUGACCACAAGUUACGAGUGUGUCUGUCGCGUUUGUUACUCUUCACCCAAAGGUUUAUUUAGAUUGACGAAGUUCAUUCAACGCCAAGUUGAAAAAUGGCGACCAAUGGGAGGAAGCAAAGUUCACCCGGGAUCGAUGAGAUUCGGCAGCUGUUUUUGGCCGUGAAACAUUCCGAAAAGGACAUCGAUGCCGUGGAGAAGCGCCUCCAGAACAGCCAAAUCCGGAAUAUCAAGACCAAGUCGUACAAAUUUCGCGAAGAGGAGGUGUCCAAGAGUCAUUUUAUUGACAAGCUCAACGAGUUCAUCCGGGAUGAACUCAUCACCAGUGCCAACAAAGCCACCGUUCUGGCAAUGGGAGAAUCCGAACGAACCAUGGAGGAAGUUCUUCCCAGAGAGGAUCGAUUUGGCUAUUUGGCCGCUGUGGAUAUCAAGGGACGAAUGGAUUAUGUACUGAUUGUGGUGGAGUCCACUUAUGACGUGAAACCCACACUCUGUAGUUGCUGUUUACCCUCCAGGCAGAGACAAAUCAAGAAGGAUUAUGAGAACGCUAUCAUGAUCAAUCACAUGCGAAACAAGAUUUUCGAGGAACUCAAAAUUGAAGGCCUAACCACCAGAGGGCAGCACCACAAAAAGGAUCGUUUCCGGACGCGAACCUCCAAAGAUGAGACGGCCAAUGCGCUUAUUGAAGAGGAAACUCGGGACCAAAAUCGAAAUACCAAGAAACAAGAGCAGACUGAAGAACUGUAGAUUAACCCGCGAAAUGAUCACUCAUGCUGGCCAGCCGUCAUCGCGCUCGACUCACUCAAGGAAAAUGUUUUUUAAAGAUUGUCACAGCUUUUAAGCUAUGUGACUUAUGUCUUCAUAUUGAUACCGUGUAUCAUCAUCACCACUCUUACUUGUAUAGCCUUGAUCUGAUCAUCUUUCAGGAUCAUACUCAAGAUCAACUUGGCUUUUUCUUUCUACUCACCCAUGCCCCACCUCCAUUCAUUCUGACCAGUAUUCUAUGUACAUCUACAUCAUGCGAUGUCUUUUCAGUUUCAGACUCAUAUAAUCGGAAGAGACCUUUUGUAAGUUGAGUGUUGGUUCCUUUUUAUGGCCUUCGCCGUCAUCCAUGUAAUGAAUGUUAUCUAAGUGAAGCAUGUUUGAUAACCGUGCGCUGGAUAUUUCCUCAAGUCACCUGCAUUGUCAACUAAUGAUAUACCCGACCAAGACAUGUUGACCAUAUGUGUACGAAAUAUACUCGCAUGGCACAGUAA